UACUUAAACCAGUCUUAGGUGGCGGGGUCCCUGGGGAUAGGUAAGUCUAGGUAUUAUUUGCCCCGCGGUGACAUAGACUUUCUCAAUGCCUGCCGCUUGACUCAUCUUAUUUACCUGACUUAAGACUGUAGAAGAGCGCAAGCGUCUCAUCUUGUAUUCGUCGGACUUCAUAGCUUCGCGAAAUCAUCUUCUUUUGUUCUAAGAACUGCUUGAAUAUAUCAAAAUGCCCUCCUUAGCUCAGCCACAGGCUGGCCCUGCGUCCGACGCCCCUCCCACCUUGCAGUUUCCGCCCAUCACAAGAGAUCACAUAUUGAAUUGCUCAUAUGAUUCCUGGUUUCAAAAAUAUCGGGCGUCUUGUAUAAAGUCCAGGAUUAUUCCGUUAUCACCAGAGUUCGUCGAGUAUAUACGUGAGGAUGGCAUCAUCCUUGCUGAUGAAGAUGAAACUGAGUCCGAUGACGAGGAGUGGGAAUCUACUCCUUCAACUUUUCGACCACCUAUCCAUGAAGUCGAAUCCGACUCGGAUAGUGACGACGAGGAUGAGCCUCCAAAAAUGCCUCCAAACAAGAGGUUUCCUGACCUACACCAGUUAAUCAAGGAUAAAAUCGCUGAACUGGGCGGUGCUGUUGCUCCAAAGCUCAAUUGGACAGCGCCUAAAGACGCCACUUGGAUAUCACCACACCAAAAUACUAUCAAGUGCACAUCCCCUAACGACGUGUACCUGUUGCUAAAGAGCUCUAACUUCAUCACUUACGACCUUGAACAUGCGUUCGACGAUUGCACACCGACAGCCAACUCAAAUAUCAGUCAACCGCCCUUCAAGCCAGUGUUAGUCCUAAGGUCGUACUUCAACCCGCACACAGCCAUGGAAUUUCGCUGCUUCGUCAAGCACAGGAACCUCGUGGCGAUAUCACAGCGGGACCUCAACUACUUCGAGUUUCUGCAGCCUCUCAAGGCCGACAUUAUCGCAAAAAUCUACCAGCUCUUCAACAAUAAGCUGCGUUAUACGUUUCCCGACGGCAACUUUGUCUUCGAUGUGUACAUUCCCGAGGGUGAAGACGAGCCCCUGAGCCGGGCGAGGCUCAUUGAUAUCAAUGCAUGGGCACCUCACACCGACAGCUUGCUCUUUGGAUGGCAGGAACUUCUAGAUUUAGUAGUUCCAGGUCCAGUACUCGGCGUCGUGGGCGAGGAAGGGAGCAAAGACCAGAAUGGCAAUACAGACAACGAAACAAGUGACGAGGAGGAAGAUGACGAGGACUAUACCCCUGAGCUAAGGCUGAUCGAGGAAAGCGACGCAGCGGCGUAUAACCUCGCCUCGCCGCAAUAUUCGGCGCACAAGCUCCCCAAAGACGUCGUGGACGCAAGUAUGUCGGGAGAAGGUGGCAUGCGCGAGUUCGCGAGGAGAUGGAGGGAGAUGACUGGUAUGGAAAAACCCGCGAACUGGGAAACUAGCGGCAACGACUAGGGUUUACAUCUAUUCAUUGUAUUAGUUAUAGAUAGUAGGCCUUGAAUCAAUUUGCAUGAGAUCAUAUCCCAGCUUGUUGGCGGGAAGACAUCCAGUUCUCAACAUGUGUGUUCGAUCCAGGGUAAAAUGCAUAGUGAUUCGCAUCGAAUCGGAUAUGGCCAGACCCAAGUUUACUUAUCUCUAUCAGACUAGAUAUAUAAAAGCAAUAUCAGA